ACUGUAUGUUCUCAGAACAAUUGUUGCAAGAAGAAUCAUUCGAUUAAUAAGUGUUUCAACUAACAAGGAGGAAUAGCAAGCAGCAGAGGUAUCCAAUCAAACUCAGCAGGAGCCAUGGCUAGGGAACAGUUACAAGUGCUUAACGCACUUGAUGUUGCGAAGACUCAACUGUACCAUUUCACCGCAAUUGUGAUUGCGGGAAUGGGGUUCUUCACAGAUGCGUACGACUUGUUCUGCAUCUCAUUUGUCACGAAACUGCUCGGUCGUAUCUAUUACACUCAUGCAGGAGCAUCAAAGCCAGGCACGUUGCCCCCCAAUGUCGCUGACGCCGUAAACGGUGUUGCUCUGUGCGGCACACUUGCUGGGCAGCUCUUCUUCGGUUGGUUGGGUGACAAGAUGGGGCGUAAGCGUGUAUAUGGUCUGACCCUUAUGCUCAUGGUUGCCUGCUCCGUCGCGUCGGGACUCUCUUUCGGGCAUAGCGCAAAGGGCGUCAUGGCGACACUCUGUUUCUUUCGAUUUUGGUUGGGAUUCGGCAUCGGUGGUGAUUACCCACUCUCUGCAACCAUCAUGUCGGAAUACGCCAACAAAAAGACCCGUGGCGCUUUCAUUGCUGCUGUUUUCGCCAUGCAAGGUUUUGGGAUUUUAACGGGUGGGGUCGUCGCCCUCAUCCUCUCCUCCGCAUUUAAGAGCGCGUUUCCCUCCGCUGCUUACAAAGACGAUCCAACCGGAUCCACCGUGGCCCAGGCUGACUACGUGUGGCGUUUGAUUCUGAUGUUCGGAGGGGUACCCGCUGCGCUUACUUACUAUUGGCGUAUGAAGAUGCCCGAGACCGCUCGUUACACGGCCCUCGUCGCCAAGAAUGCGAAACAGGCAGCCGCAGAUAUGGGGAAGGUUCUGGCGAUGGAAAUGGAAUCGGAGCAAGAGAAGGUAGAAAGGCUGACAAUGGAGCCCUCCAACUCAUUUGGGCUGUUCUCUCGGGAAUUCGCUCGUCGACACGGGCUUCACCUGCUGGGAACCACCACCACAUGGUUCUUAUUGGAUAUUGCGUUUUACAGUCAGAAUCUGUUCCAGAAGGAUAUCUUCUCAGCAAUUGGGUGGAUCCCUGCAGCAGAGACGAUGAAUGCGCUAGAGGAAGUAUUCAAGAUCGCGAGGGCUCAGACACUGAUAGCAUUGUGCAGUACUGUUCCUGGGUAUUGGUUCACGGUGGCGUUAAUCGACUACUUGGGGAGGUUUGCGAUUCAAUUGAUGGGGUUCAUAAUGAUGACGGUGUUCAUGUUCGCGUUGGCCAUUCCAUACCACCACUGGACGUUAAAGGGUAACCAUAUUGGGUUCGUGGUGUUGUACUCCUUCACCUUCUUCUUCGCAAACUUCGGGCCCAAUGCGACGACAUUCGUUGUACCGGCGGAGAUAUUCCCUGCUAGGCUGAGAUCGACGUGCCAUGGAAUAUCGGCGGCGGCAGGGAAGGCAGGGGCCAUCGUGGGGGCGUUUGGAUUCCUUUACGCACAGCAGAACCAGGACAAGACCAAGACGGACGCAGGGUACCCGCCUGGUAUUGGAGUGAAGAACACGCUGAUCGUGCUUGGUGUGAUCAACUUCUUAGGGGUGCUCUGCACGCUGCUGGUGCCGGAGUCCAAGGGCAGGUCACUCGAGGAAAUCACCGGUGAGAACGAGAAUGAAGAUUCAGCAACAGUAGCAGGGACGAGUUAUGAGAACAGGACAGUUCCUGUUUAAUUAAUUA